AUUUUGGUUGCACUCACGGGAGUUGCCUCGUCGUUUGCGGUAAUUGUCCAGAACCUAAAAUUUGCGCUCAUCUAUACACUUGCCAAUGUCAGCAGUAUGCCUAUCGAAACUUUUGCAAUCAUAGCCACAUAUUGGCUUUGCUCAAGGUCAUCCCCUCUGGAAUCGAAAAAAGCAGUGAUGUGGAUUUAAGCUCCAAACAGCAAGAGGUGGUUGAUGGUAUGGGAUGCGUUCCAAGUCCCAGUUGUGGUGAAACGAAGGAGGAUGACGAUUUGGGUGACCUUGUCGAAACGGAGAAGCUUCCCAAAGAGUACGAGAACUUCCUAGCACGGAUACAACAUCUAAAAAGAUUCAUGAACUCGCCAGAAAAUAGUUUGGCAAGCAAGAAAGCUAUCGCCAGCCAAUUGGAAAUUGUUCCUCUGAGAGAGAUACAACUCCCCAUGAAUCCUGAGUCAUUCCCCAAAAUCAAUAGGAAAAGAACCCAUAGUCCCCAGUUCCGUUCCUUUUUCCCCAAUCCGUGAAGCUUUCGUCCUAAUUCUCUCAAAUUUUUAAUACGCUCCUUAAUAAAUGAAACCGAAAU